AUGUCCAGAAAAAUUGCAAAUGGAUCAACACACAAUGAGACCGAGGACAGUAUUCCCGGCAAAGAGCUUCUGGACGCUUUAGCAAGCAUGCGGUUUGACUCGAGGUACAGCGAUUUGACUAUUCUGUGCGGUAAUGAAUCUUUCGCUGUUCAUCAGUGUAUAGUCUGUACACGGUCGAACUUCUUUUCCAGAGCUUGUGGUGGAAAGUUUAUAGAAGCUUCCACGCAUACGAUUAAGUUAGAUGAAGAGCCGGCAUUAGUAAAGCAGAUGAUUGAAUAUUUUUACACCUUGGAUUAUCAGGUUCGUUCAUUUCUUGCAGCACCUGAUAGAAGUGUGCUUAAUAGAAACGUUCCUGAAAACGAAGAGAGAACAUCUUCCCAAUACAAAAGAGAGGAGCCUUCGGACAAUGCAGACAAAUUUUUGGGAUUGUCUAAGCUGCUUGGAGAACAAGCACCUACGUUUGAUCCUCUUUGUUUUCAUGUCUUGAUGUAUUCGCUUGCGGACCGUAUGUUCAUAAGAGGUCUGAAAGUUCUCUCCCAGGAAAAUGUUAAGCAGGAACUGGUUCAACAGCUGGACGCAGUCUCAUUCCCGCAAGCGAUUUUUGAAAUCUACAACUCCACUCCCCCGGACGACCGAGGACUCCGAGAUUUGGCCAUACAAUAUACGAUGAACAACCUAACUUCACUGAGGAGUGAAGAGGAAGGUGCUCCUGCGGCAUUUGGAGACAACCUUUUGAAAUCCGUUCCUCAGUUCUCGUAUGAUUUGUUGGUGGCAGUUAUGAACAAGUCUGUACAUGAUUGGGACCAUUACGGUUUAUGUUGGAGGAACUGGGCAUGACGGUACUUGCAGGAGUAAUGAAUGAGCGGGGAUAGAAUUCCUUUCUUUUCUUUUCUUAUUUGUCUUUGCAAGUUCAG